AUGGGUAGUUUCUUGCCCCUCCUCCUCAAUCUGUUUGUGGCUGCUGGCGGAGUACUCGGAUUCAAUCCAGAGAGGAACAGAUUCCUUAAUCCAGCACCAGGCGGACGAAACCCCGUCUGGUUGAUUGGAGAACAACAGGUAAUCUCGUGGAAAACGGAAUUCACAGUCUACAACAUAUCGAUUUGGCACCAAUAUCCCACCAAUGAUGGAGCAACUUUUGGCAGCGUUUUGUACUCGGCCUCGAGUAGGGAUGCACCGACGAACUUCACCUGGACCGUGCAGACCUACGAUUUCGACUUGAGCUUCUCAAAUGUGUUCUUCUUCUGGUUUAAUCGAGGCGCUCCCAAAUACUUUAUCUCGCACUACUUCAAUAUAACCACAGAUGAGUCUAUCACAUCAACAAGGUCAAUUUCUACCACGUCGGGCCAGACCGGUGUCUCUAUUACUGUACCUUCUACGACAACACCCAGUCCAUCGGAUGCGACUAUAGAACCGCAAGCGGCAGAAGGGCUAAAUUCAAAUGCAAAGGUGGGAUUAGGCGUCGGAGUGGGCAUCGGUGUCCCGAUAAUAUUACUUCUUGCCUUCAUUGCAUUCGGUAGAUACUUCAGAAGACCCAAAUCUUCAUACCAUGAAGCAUUUCAACCGCAUAUGCGAGAGGUCCCGCGGCGACCACAGCAGGAGGUAGCAGAACUAGCAUCCAAGCACAAUGCAAACGAGAGCGACAACUUUGUUGAGCUAGAUGGAUCUGCGGCGCAGGAGAUGCAAGAUACUCACUACAAGUGA